AAUGGCUAAUGCUUCUACACAAAUAGCGAGUGAAAAUGUUUUCUACGAUAUUAUAAAACCAUUUCCGCCCGUUAUAGAUGGAAAAAUAAACGUAGUAAAAUUCUUAGAGUCGGCAUCAGAUUUAGUGACUUUAGUAGAACGUCUAGGCAAAACAUAUGCCCCAGUCAAAUAUGAUAUGCAAGGAAAUAUAGAUAAAAUAAAAAAAGCAUGUGUGUUUGAUAAGACAUCAUGUUUACUUGAGUUAAUGCUUGAUGAGAUUGGUAGAGGAAAAACAGUAGCUACUGAGAGCAUAUUGUGGCUAAACAGAGCAUUAUUAUUUUUUGAGCUGAUUUUUCAAGAAAUAAUUAGACAUUUAAAAUCAAACCACUAUGAUGUAAAUAUGAAUAAAAUAUUCUUAGUGGCUUAUGAAGGAUCAGUUAAAAAAUACCACAACUGGAUCACUCAACAAAUAUUUGCAUUUAUUUGCAAGAUGUCACCUACACUUCCCCAGAUCUUGAAGUCGCUAGAUGUUGAUGAUGUUAAAUCUUUUGAAACUAAGUUAUUACAUUUUAAUAUAACACUACAUUUAGUUAGAUGUAAAAUUGACAACUUUUUCAAAGACAACAAUAUGUUUGAUGAAGUCAGAUAAAUCUUCAAAAUAUUUAUUUUAAGACCAAGAAAAAGUAGAUAGAAAAAAGUAUUGAUCAUUGUAGUGAGAAGCUAAAUUAUAUGUAGUAUAUAAUUCAGGAAUUGUUAUCAUAAUUUUGUUAACAUGUGAAAUAAUCAAUAAGGACUUGAAACAAGCUAUUUAAAUUAAUGUAACAAAUAUGAUUUAUUUAUUACAAAUUGUGCAAUUUCUUUUAAAAUAUUGUAAGACUGUAAAUGAAAAAGAUUCAAAAAUAAUUCUCAUCCAAACAAAUACCUAAGAAAGUAUUGCUACAAGAGGCUGUAAUUAAAACAAAUAUUAUUAUAUAAUGUUUACCUACUAAAAAUCAUUAGUUUCAUUAAUAAUAUGAAUUUUUGUAAUGUAUAUCUGUGGGCUGUAUAUCAUCAUAUGGCUUAUUUUUGUGUUUAAAAUGAGAUAUUAUGUUGCAAUUAGUCAAUGUUAAAUGUACAGUGCCUUGAAGUGUGCUUGCGAGGCAAAGUAGGUAUUGAUAAUAAUUUUAAUUCACUAUAAAACACUCAGUAUUAAAAUAUUUUUAGAAAUUAUAUUUGAUACCAAUAAUAAAUCUUAAUUUGAUGUAAUGAAAGUAUUAAUUAAGAUCAGAUAUAACUAUGUUUUGAAGAAAGAAAUAUAGGAAUUUAUAGUUAAUAAAACCUUGGUUAUUUUAACACAUGGAUUUUUGUUUCAUACAAAUGCACUUUCCAUUGAAUCAUUGUGAUUUUGUGAUACAUGCCUUAUUCAUCGAAACUCAAACUAUUAUUUAACAUUAAAUGUUGUAUAACAACACAAUAAAUAAUUCCAUUAUA